AAAUUGGUGUUCCUAAACUAAACUGAUCUCUGCAGACAUCGGUUUACGGGAGGGUGUUGAAGUUUUAUUUUAUUAGCAUAAUAAAUGAGUUGUCCUAUUAUUUAGGAAUUUACUCUGUUUGGUUAUCAUUUGCCUGUUCUUUAUGCCCAAGUAACAAUAGAUAUUGGUUGGUUGUUGCUAUUUUUCUAUCAAGUUUGUUGGUUGUAAUGCCUAUAUAAAGGCAGUCACGUUAUGAAUAAAAACAAGUAGUUUUUCUUUGAUAAAGUCUUCAUUUCUGCGUCUAUUUUGUUCUCUUUCUGUAACAGGAUUUAUGUACCUGUUUUCUCUAUUUUAACAAUUUAACCUUAAUCAUGUUCUCCUUGUGCUUUCGAUUAGUUUAUUUAAGAGUCUAGUUUCUCAUAAUGCACUUCAACUGUUUGAUAGUUAUCCCCAUCCAAAUUAUUAAUGUACGUUCUGUUCCAUUAUUAACUCAGUUUCUUUCACAAAUUGAGGUAGGAAGUAAGGUCAUAGAGAUGAGCGGCAACCUAAGGAGCAUGAAGAAUGUACUGGCUGAUGCAGCCAUAAAGAGUAUGGAAUUGGCAAGGGUUCGGAUAUUCGGUCAUGUGCUCAACCCAACUGGGCAGAGAUCUCCGCACAAGAUUCUGCGCAAGAAGCUUAUUGGUGAGAAGGUGGCCUCUUGGUACCCUGAUGACAUUAAGAAAGAUGACCCCCUCGUCAUGGCCCGUCAAGAACAAGAGCGCUUAAACAAGCUGGAAAUGUUGAAACGUCGUGGCAGGGGGCCACCAAAGAAGGGCCAAGGAAAGCGUGCUAAAAAGAGUGGCAAAUAGAGCAUAAUUAUGGUCUUCAACUACAUUACUUUCAUAUUUGAUAGAGAAGAUUGGAUAGUAUCUGAGGCUUUUCUAAUGAACUUUUGGAUUUUUAGGUAUAGUAUUUGAUUGUAAACUGUCAUGUUUGGUAGUGAACGUUGGAUAACACAUUUGCUAGUCAAUA